AUUAAUAGCAAAUAAAAAUGCCAACUUGUGGAAAUUACAAAUUAAGGAAGAAGCUUGGUGAAGGUGGAUUCGGAGCAGUAUAUCUUGCAAAGCAUAUCGAUACAAAGAAGAAAGUGGCUCUCAAGAUUAUCAAGCCAGAGAUGAUGGAGCAUGUCAACAUGGAUGACAUUGAGAAGGAGGUAGAGAUUUUGAAGCAAAUCGAUCAUCCUUACAUCACAAAGUUAGUCGAAGCUGGCCACUGCGAACUUUCGUCAAGAGGUAGAACAAAUGAGGUAUACUGUAUUGCACUAGAAGUUGCAUCUGGUGGUGAACUCUUCGAUUUUAUUUCGAUGACUGGAGCUUUUUCUGAAGAUGUUGCUAGGUACUUUUUCCAUCAGUUCCUUGAUGCUCUUGAGUAUAUGCAUGAAAAAGGAAUCAGCCAUAGAGACUUAAAAACUGAAAACAUUCUCCUAGACAAAGAUUUUAAUUUAAAAAUUGCUGAUUUUGGAUAUGCUUCUGAGAAGGGUUCUAACCAGACCCAAGUUGGAACUCCAGAUUACAUGGCUCCUGAGAUCCUUCAGGGAGAAAAGUAUAGUGGGCAAAUUGCUGAUAUUUUUGGUGCUGGAUUGAUUCUCUUCAUGAUGCAUGCUCAAAGUAAAGCAUUUUUGAAGGCUGAACAGUCUGAUCCCUACUAUAAAAAUAUUGCUUCAAAUAGGCCAGAUAAAUUCUGGAAGGAGCAUAUAAAAAGUAAAGGAGACGAGACCUACUUUUCUGAAGAAUUUAAGGACCUAGUCACUGGCCUUUUUGCUUAUAAUCCAUUCCAUAGAUUGACUAUUGCUGAGGUCAGAAGUCAUCCAUGGUUUAAUGGAACGGUGCCAACUUCAGAAGAUAUUGCUGAUGAAUUCAAUAGGAGAAAGGAAAACCUUGAUGAAGAGUUGAGAAGACAAAGAGAUGAAGACCCGACUCAAGCUGAGUUUGAUACUUCCUUGCUUGAGGGGAACUCAGUCCAUAGAGGAAUUGGCGAUAGUGAUGAAGAGUCUAAGGAAGUUUGUGAAAGAGAAGAACAAGAAUAUGAUGAAGAUUUUGAGAAUUAUCAUAAAUUCUUCUCCACUUCAUCAGUUGAAGAUCUAUGGACAAACCUUUGUGCCUAUGUUACUGGAAUAACAGGGGAAUAUAAAUUCUCUGCUGAUGAAUACAGCAUCUCAGCUAAGGUAGUCAAAGAAGAAGAGGAAAAAGAAGAAAAAAAAGAGUCAGUAAAAGAAGAACCUAUCGAGUUCUUGGUGAAUAUUCUCAAAGUCCCAGAGCAAGAAAAACACUGCAUUGAUGCCACAGUAAUCAAAGGAAACAAAUUCAAUUUUACAGAUCAAUUCAGAGACCUCAAGAAGUUCUUUGGAGGUCAUGCAAAUGCUACACUGGCAGAUUAG